AUGACCAUGGAGUGGAUCUCAAACAAACAGUUCCGAUUUUUAAAUUUCAAGAAAUUACAAGACUCCAAGCUUAAUGAUACAUCUGAACUAACUAAAUAGAGAUUGGCCUUUAAGACCUUACUCUCUCAAACAGAAUAAAUGAUGAAGAAAAUUUGGGAUGAGUUGUCACAAUCAAUCAAAUAAGUUUACGAUUGGAUUGAAAAGGAAAACUAAUCAUACUUUAACAUCAUCAACGAAAAUACUAAUCUAGCUGAAUCCUCUUACACAGACUUGGAAAAAUUAGUAAACAUUGUAGAAGGAUCAACUUUAAAUGAUUGGAAUGCUUAGAAAAAUUCUUUAUUGAAGGAGUUGGAUUAGACCAAGAGUUGGUGGGACCAGCUUAUUAAGGCUUUUAUUGAAAAGUCAAAGGAAGGAAUCCGAUAGAUUAAAUAAUCAAUUGAGUAAGUAUUUAAAUCAUAUCUCUAGGAAAGAAGUAGUUUACUAAAUGAAAGAAGAUCUUUUUGAAAUACUAACUUACAUCCAGGAUAUAGAUGAAUCUCUCUCUAUUAGAAGAUUCUUGAAAUACUUAGAAGAGAGAAAGUUUUAGAUGUCCUUAAAUUCCUUUCGAAUAACAACAAUCAAAACUUUUAUGAAUCUUUAAGCAACAAGCAACAGAAUAUCAAGGAUGUAAAGAAGUAAAUAAUGAAAAUAACUAAUAUUUUGAGGAAUAUUUAGGAUCAUAAAUUUAAUAAAUAUGACUAUUCUUAAGAGACAAAUGAAAAAGAAAGACUAGAUCUAAUUAAUAGGAUGAAGAAUAAUAAGGGAAUCAUAGAUUUUAUCAGGUUUUUAGUUCUCCUCACAAGCAUAGACGGUAAAUUUAUUUAAAGUGGAUCUAAUGGAUUGAAUUUAUGUGUAGGAAUGAAGGUAGAUAUUCGGAACAAAUCCUUUGAGAAUAUCAGAAUCAAGAAUACUUCUUUAAUUGGAGGAUAUUUUGUAAGAUGUAACUUAAGUGGAUCUGAGUUUGAGAAUGUGGAUAUCAGUGGAGUCAAUUUUAAUGGUGCUAAACUAUUCUAUUGCAAAUGGAAGAACUUGAAAAUCAAUGAGUUGAAUAAAUUGUAAGGUCAUAAUGAACCUGUUUCAUCAGUUUGUUUCUCUCCUGAUGGAAAAACAUUAGCAUCUGGUGGUGGCAGUAUCAUUGGAGAUGGUGAUAAGUCUAUCCGUCUAUGGGAUGUCAAAAUAGGAUAAUAAAAAGCCAAAUUAGAAGGUCAUAGUAGUUGUAUUAACUCAAUCUGUUUCUCUCCAGAUGGAAAUACUUUAGCUUCUGGUAGUAGUGAUAACUCUAUCCGUCUAUGGGAUGUCAAAACAGGAUAAUAAUAAGCCAAAUUAGAUGGUCAUUGUAGUUGUAUUAACUCAGUCUGUUUCUCUCCUGAUGGAAAUAUAUUAGCUUCUGGUAGUAGUGAUAACUCUAUCCGUCUAUGGGAUGUCAAAACAGGAUAAUAAUAAGCCAAAUUAGAAGGUCAUAGUGAUUAUGUUUAAUCAGUCUGUUUCUUUCCUGAUGGAAAUACAUUAGCUUCUGGUAGUGAUGAUGAGUCUAUCCGUCUAUGGGAUGUCAAAACAGGAUAAUAAAAAGCUAAAUUAGAUGGUCAUACUGGUGGUAUAUUGUCGGUUUGUUUAUCUCCUAAUGGAAAUACAUUAGCUUCUGGUAGUGGUGAUUACUCUAUCCGUCUAUGGAAUGUCAAAACAGGAUAACAAAAAGCCAAAUUAGAUGGUCAUACUAAUGGAAUCUUGUCAGUCUGUUUAUCUCCUGAUGGAAAUACAUUAGCUUCUGGUAGUUGUGAUUACUCUAUCCGUCUAUGGGAUGUCAAAACAGGUAAAUAUACUGCCAAAUAAGAUGGUCAUACUAAUGGAAUCUUGUCAGUCUGUUUCUCUCCUGAUGGAAAUACAUUCGCUUCUUCUCUUGAAGGUAAGUCUAUCUGUUUAUAGGAUGUAAAGAAUGUAAAAGAACUUUCAUCCUAUGACAAAAUAUAAAAAGAUAUUCUUACCUCGUUUUAAAUACCACUUUAGAAUAGCGCAUUAUUACCAAAUGGUAUUAGUUAUUUAUUAUUAUUUAGUUAAUCCUGACCGUACAAUACUUAGAAUUUAUUAGAAUCCUUUAUUUGAAACAUCUAGUACGCUUAUCUUUUAAGGAGAAUUCAUCAAUCAUUAAGGGUUAGAUUUAAAACCUUUAUUUAAAUCAAAAGGAAGUUGCUUUUUAGAAGUUUUAUAGUAGAAGUGA